CCGAUUUACAUAACAGACGUAUCUCAGCCAUUAUCCAGCGAGUUUCGUUGAGGUGGUAGCGAAUUGGAAAAUGAAAAUUUAGUUUCGGACAAAGAAUUGUGUGAAAAACAACCGGUGAAUGAUUUUUCUUUCUGUUUCUACGUUGUAUAAUUCGGUCUAUCGAUUAUGAGAUUCCCAAUAAUUGUAUUAGCAAUACUUGCUAGGACAGUGUUAAGUGAUGAAGACGAAAAAAGAUGGGAGGAAAAGGUUGAUGUUGAAUUGGGCACAGUUAUUGGUAUUGAUUUAGGAACAACCUAUUCUUGUGUCGGUGUCUACAAAAAUGGUCGAGUAGAAAUCAUUGCCAACGAUCAAGGUAAUCGAAUUACACCGUCAUAUGUCGCCUUUACAGCUGACGGAGAACGUUUAAUCGGCGACGCAGCAAAGAACCAGUUGACCACUAAUCCGGAAAACACCAUUUUCGAUGCCAAACGCUUGAUUGGGCGACAAUUUAGCGACGAAAAUGUACAACAGGACGCAAAAUUGUUUCCGUUUAGAAUUAUCGAUAAAGACGGAAAACCGCACGUUCAAGUAGUUACCAGCAAUGGGAAAAAGUCUGUUUUCGCAGCUGAAGAAAUUUCGGCUAUGGUUUUAUUGAAAAUGAAGGAGAUUGCGGAGGCGUAUAUCGGAACUACCGUAACUCAUGCGGUCGUUACUGUUCCAGCGUACUUCAAUGAUGCUCAACGCCAGGCAACCAAAGAUGCAGGGGCUAUUGCAGGUUUGAAUGUGCUACGGAUAAUAAAUGAACCAACGGCUGCUGCUAUUGCUUACGGCCUGGAUAAAACGGACGGUGAGAAGACAAUUCUGGUGUUUGACCUUGGAGGCGGCACGUUUGAUGUGUCAUUGAUGGUGAUCGAGAAUGGUGUGUUUGAGGUGGUGGCCACUAGCGGAAACACACAUUUGGGCGGCGAAGACUUUGACCAACGGGUCAUGGACCAUUUUAUUGAGCUGUACCGAAAGAAGCAUGGUGUGGAUAUCCGGAAGGAUGUUCGUGCUGUGCAGAAAUUGCGUAGAGAAGUGGAAAAGGCUAAACGUUCGUUGUCCAGUAAUCAGAUGAUACGGAUCGAAAUCGAGUCAUUCUACAGAGGCGACGAUUUCUCAGAAACCUUAACUCGGGCCAAGUUUGAGGAAUUAAACGUGGAUCUGUUCAAAUCAACGCUGACCACAGUGCAACAAGUAUUGGACGAUGCUGAUAUGAGUAAGAAAGAAGUGGACGAAAUUGUGUUGGUUGGUGGAUCGACGCGUAUUCCAAAAAUUAAGCAAUUGGUCGAAGAGUUCUUCGGUAAAGAGGCGUCACAAGGGAUCAAUCCUGAUGAAGCUGUUGCUUACGGAGCGGCAGUACAGGCAGGCGUUCUAUCUGGCGAAGAACACACAGACUCACUUUUACUGUUAGAUGUUAAUCCAUUGACCGUGGGAAUCGAAACAGCUGGUGGGGUAAUGUCAAAACUGAUUCAUCGAAACACAAUCAUUCCAGCAAAACAUUCACAAGAAUUCACAACUGCUGCCGACAACCAACAAUUCGUUACAAUUCAGGUGUUCGAAGGGGAACGUUCGAUGACCAAAGACAAUCAUUUGUUGGGAAAAUUCAAUUUGGAUGGCAUCCCGCCUGCAGCUAGAGGCAGUCCCAGAAUUUUAGUUACAUUCGAAAUAGAUGCGGACGGCAUUCUUCAGGUAACGGCUCAAGAUAAAGCCACCGGUCGGCAAGAGAAAAUUGUCAUAACAAACGAUCAGAAUCGCUUGAAAGCAGAAGACAUUGAACGGAUGGUACGUGAUGCUGAAAAAUUCGCUGAGGAAGAUAAAAAGACGAAGGAGCGUAUCGAUGCACGAAGUGAGUUGGAAAUGGGCACGUACAGUUUGCGGCAGGAUCUUGAAUCAAUCAAAAAGGAGUAUGGCGACAAAAUUGAUCCCAGUGAUGUAAAGAAAAUAGAGGAUGCAAUUAAAUCGGCUAUCGAAUGGUUAGAAGAAAAUCUCAAUGCCGAGGCCGCAGAAUCCAAAGAGCAAAAGAAGAAACUUGUGUCAGUAGUGGACACUGUUCUGACCAAGUUAAAGACAAUGGAGACGGAUGAAGCGUCGAAACGUUCUACAGAGGAGAAGCCAACCGAAAGUGACUCAACGAACGAAACAACAGCUACUCCUGAAGCAGAACCAUCUGAAAGUGAUUCGUCUACUACGGAAGAUACGAAGGAGACAACGACAAAGCCUGAAGACAGUGAUUCGUCUACUGAGGAAGGAACUGAGGAUACAACAGACGAACCUGAAGCGAAACCUUCCCAAAGUGAGUCAUCUACUACGGAUGAAACGACAGAAACUACACCGGAACCGGCGAAACCACAAGCAUCACGGGAUGAACAAAUAAAAGCUUUGACAGACGGACUUAAAUUGAUUAGGAAAGAGUAUGGUGACAAACUUGAUGCAGACGAAUUGAAAAAAAUAGAGGAGGCCCUAGAAGCAGCUAUUGAUUAUGUGAACACAGAUCCCAACAGUCAACCCAACGAGGAGCAAAAGAUGAAGCUGAAGACACUUUUAGAAUCUCUUGUUGUCAAGUUGCAACAAAUGGAACUAGCCGAAAGAGCGAAAGAGGCCGAGAGUGGAAUGCCAGAUACAAAAACAACACCAGAACCUGAUGAAGACGAAUUAGAAUUUCUGCAAGAAUCAACACGACUUUUAAAGGACGGAUUUAGAACAAUUCAGGAUCAGUAUGGUGGCAAUCUUAACGAAGAUGAUCUGCAAAAAAUGGACGACGCAAUCAAAGCAACAGUCGAUUAUCUGAAUUCGAAUCCCACUGAAAAACUUAGUCCAGAGCACAAACAACAGUUGAAAGGAGUUGUUGGAUCUGUUCUUGGCAAAUUGCAGGAAAUGAAGGCGAGUGCGGCAGCACAAAUGAAAGCUGCAAACGAAAGAACACCGAAUCCUGAAGCAGAAUCAUCUGAAAGGGAUUCAGUAGAUUCGAAGGAGAUAAUAGCAGAGCCUGAAGACAAUGAUUCGUUUACUACAGAAGAUACGAAGGAGACAACGACAAAGCCUGAAGACAGUGAUUCGUCUACUGAGGAAGGAACUGAGGAUACAACAGAAGAACCUGAAGGGAAAUCUGCCGAAAGUGAGUCAUUUGCAACGAAAGAAACUACACCGGAACCGGCGAAACCACAAGCAUCACGGGAUGAACAAAUAAAAGCUUUGACAGAUGGACUUAAAUUGAUUAGGAAAGAGUAUGGUGACAAACUUGAUUCAGACGAAUUGGAAAAAAUAGAGGAGGCCCUAGAAGCAGCUAUUGAGUAUGUGAACACAGAUCCCAACAGUCAACCCAACGAGGAGCAAAAGAUGAAGCUGAAGACACUUUUAGAAUCUCUUGUUGUCAAGUUGCAACAAAUGGAAUUAGCCGAAGUAGCGAAAGAGGACGAAAGUAAAUUGUCAGAUACAAAAACAACACCAGAGCCUGAUGAAGACGAACUAGAAUUUCUGCAAGAUGCAACGCGACUUUUAAAGGACGGAUUUAGAACCAUUCAGGAUGAGUAUGGUGGCAAUCUUAACGAAGAUGAUCUGCAGAAAAUGGACGACGCAAUCAAAGCAACAGUCGAUUAUCUGAAUUCGAAUCCCACUGAAAAACUUAGUCCAGAGCACAAACAACAGUUGAAAGGAGUUGUGGGUUCUGUUCUUGGCAAAUUGCAGGAAAUGAAGGCUAGUGCAGCAGCACAGAUGAAAGCUGCAAACGAAAGAACACCGAAAGCCGAAGACACACCAGACCUUCAACGAGACGAAUUGUAAUACGAGUUUGAAAACGUUUGAGUGGAAUUUUACUUUUGGUAUUGAAUUUUCAUUUUGUCAUUGAUUCAUAAACAAGGUAUGUGUAUAUCCAUUACUCUUGUUAUUUUAUCAGUUGGAAACAGCUGAAAACACUCAAGUUUACCUUGUUACUCAUUUUAAUUGUAGUUUUCCAAAUUUAUUUGAAUAAAAAAAUUUAUUUUGGGCUGGUCUA